AUGCCUCGACGCGCAGUUUCGCCCGCGGCCUCGGAGCCCGAGCUCGACAUCCUGGGGUCUCUGUACCCCGGAGACGACGACAAUGGCGCGCAUGCUUCUGCGCUCAACGGCGAGCUCGACAUCGACGGCAUCUUGAACGUCCCCGGGCCCGCGGAAGACGGCGAUGACGAGGCCUUCAUUGCUCUACAGCAGGCGGCAUCGUAUCGCAAGAACACCAACCUCAAGGGGCGCACAGUAAAGAAGGGUGGUGGCUUCCAGGCGAUGGGCCUCAAUGCCAAUCUGCUCAAGGCCAUCACUCGAAAGGGUUUUUCCGUUCCUACACCCAUUCAGAGGAAAACGAUACCCCUAGUUCUCGACAGGAAAGAUGUCGUGGGCAUGGCGCGGACAGGCUCCGGCAAGACGGCCGCCUUCGUCAUACCUAUGAUCGAGCGCCUGCGCGCACAUAGUGGCCGUUUCGGCAGCCGAGCCCUAAUUCUCUCGCCGUCGCGCGAGUUGGCCAUCCAGACUCUCAAGGUAGUUAAGGAGUUUGGUCGCGGCACUGACCUCAAGGCCGUGCUCCUGGUCGGUGGCGACAGCCUCGAGGAGCAGUUCGGCUCAAUGACCUCCAACCCGGACAUUGUCAUUGCCACGCCUGGUCGCUUCCUGCAUCUUAAGGUCGAGAUGGGCUUGGACUUGAGCUCUAUUAAAUACGUUGUCUUCGACGAGGCAGAUCGGCUCUUUGAGAUGGGUUUCGCAGCGCAGUUGACCGAGAUUCUGCAUGCUCUACCGCCUUCGAGGCAGACGCUACUCUUCUCUGCGACGCUGCCUGCAUCUCUUGUGGAAUUUGCUCGUGCUGGUCUGCAAGAUCCGAGCCUCGUUCGUCUCGAUGCCGAAACCAAGGUAUCGCCGGACCUGCAGAGUGCCUUCUUCUCUGUCAAGGGAGCCGAGAAGGAAGGCUCGCUGCUUCAUAUCCUCCACGAUGUCAUCAAGGUUCCUGUAGGAGUCCCGCAAGCGGCGCAGCGGGAAAACGACAAAGGAUCCAAAAAGCGAAAGCGAGAACCCGAGGGCCCCGGUAAGCCCACGGAACACUCGACUAUUAUCUUCACGGCAACGAAACAUCACGUGGAAUACCUGGCGAACUUGUUGCAGCAUGCCGGCUUUGCAGUCUCGCACGUUUACGGUUCUCUGGACCAGCUUGCCCGCCGGAUACAAGUCGAAGACUUCAGGGGAGGCAAAACGAACAUCCUGGUCGUCACCGACGUUGCAGCUCGAGGUAUCGAUAUCCCCGUCCUGGCAAACGUCAUCAACUUUGACUUUCCGCCCCAACCCAAGGUCUUUGUUCACCGUGUUGGUCGAACGGCCCGAGCGGGUCAGAAGGGCUGGAGUUACAGCCUUGUCAGAGACAUUGAUGCGCCGUAUCUCCUUGACUUGCAAUUAUUCCUGGCCAAGAAGCUGGUCAUUGGCCAAGACGGCAGCAAUCCGUCUUUCGCUCAGGACGUGGUUGUGGGAGCUCUGAAGCGAGACUCCAUGGAGACGCACGUCGAGUGGAUGAACAAGGUCCUCAACGAGGAAGAGGACAUCGACGCGCUGCGAAAGGUGGCGGCGAAGGCGGAGAAGCUCUACAUGAAGACUCGAAACUCAGCUUCGAGCCAAAGUGCGAGGCGCGCCAGGGAAAUUGUCGCGUCCGAGGGCUGGAUGCAGCUUCACCAACUCUUUGGCGAGGAUGUGGACGGCCAAGAGCAAGCUCGCACAGCGAUGCUGGCCAAAAUCAGUGGAUACAAGCCUCAGGAGACCAUAUUUGAGGUCGGCCAUGCGGACAAGGGAACGUCCGAGGCAGCAGAGGUGAUGAAGCAGCUGAGAAAGCGAAUCACACCGAGGAACAGGCAGGCGAAGCCAACAGAGGAUGAUGUUGACGACGAAGAGUUCGGGGGCGUCCAGAACGGCGACGGGAUGGAUGUCGAUUCAGACGACAACGACUCUGACGAUAUCGAGGCGGCUCAAGACCUGGCCGUGGACGAAGACGAAGACAACGACGACGACGACGACUUGGAGGUGACCGUCACUAACACGGGCGCCAAGAGAAAGGGAAAGACGGACUGGCGCGACUCAGACGUGUUCAUGUCUUACACUCCCCGGACCGUCAACGCCGCCGAGGAGCGGGGCUACGGCGUGCACUCAGGCGGCGCCGGGUCCAGCUUCGUCGAGGCCGCGCGCGACGCCACCAUGGACCUCGGCAACGACGAGUCGUCCAAGUCGUUCGGCGCACCGACCCGCGCCAAGAUGCGCUGGGACAAGAAGUCCAAGAAGUACGUCUCGCGCGACAACGACGAGGACGGCUCCAAGGGCGCCAAGAUGAUUGUCGGCGAGAGCGGCGUCAAGAUCGCCGCCUCCUUCCAGAGCGGCCGCUUCGACAGGUGGAAGCGCGCCCAGCGCAUGGGCCGCGGCCCCCGCGUCGGCGAGCUGGAGCGCCCCGGCGCGGUGCAGGGCAUCCCCUCGGGGCAACGCUUCCGCCACAAGCAGGAGAGGGCGCCCAAGGAGGCGGACAAGUUCCGCGACGACUUCAAGGUCCGCAAGAAGAGGGUCGACGAGGCCCGCGAGAAGCGCGUCGGCCGCUUCCGCGACGGCAUGGGCAGCAAGAAGGAGCUCAAGGGCCUGCACGACAUUCGCAAGGCGAGGGAAGAGCAGGAGAAGCGGCGAGCCAAGAACGCGAGGCCAACGAAGAAGAAAUAA